UGCUUUGUUCAGUGCAGCGCGAAGGUGCUUCGUGUGCGUGCUGUGCUGAGAGAUUUUGUGUUUAUUGUUGUCGUCGGCUGUGCUGUGGGGGAGCGGGGUUGAAACCUGAAGUUUGAGAGAGAAGAAGGAAAAGCAAUGCCGCGGUUGGACCACAGGAAGCUGGAAAGAUUGGUCUCUCCCGGGGGAGUCUCGUGUUUGCAAGGGGAUGGAGAGGACGUGGCGCUUCGACGGAGAAGGGUAGCUGGUGCUGUUUCUCUUCAAAUGAUGUACGCGGCUUUCACGCUGGGUUUCGCGUUGUACGAGAUAUCGACCGGCGGUAGCCUCGUGCACAUGCGCCCCCCUGCAGAAUUGUUUAAGGUGGUGGCGUACAGCGUGUCGUGCCUGCUCGUCUACCGCAGCGUAUCAUUGUAUUUGAGACUUAUGCUGAUCUGGACAAUUACAACGGCCUUCAGCGGAGUGUUCCAAUCGCUUCUGUGGUUGGAAAACUCUGGUGGCUCUGCGAUAGAGAGAGGGUUGGUCUGGACGAUGCUAGUGCUCAGCAUCGCAGGAAUGGCUGGGAAUAUUAUCGGAGCCGUCACAGUGUUUCCGUCCGUGGGGGGGUCAUCGGGGAAGGCCAGACGUCGCCGCUACAAAUCGUCACUCAAAGAGACCUGAUCAGGAUCCGCGCUUGGAUGUACAGCGCGCAAUCUAUACUCGGCUCUUAGCAAGUGCAGCCUGCAUAGUUCGGCAGCUGGAGUAUUUAGAACAAUGUUUACAUUUUGAAGGGCAGGCGGCAACAUUAACAUUUUUUUGCUUUCGGCGAGGUGGAUGUUUUCCACUUGAUUGAUAGGCUCGUUGCAACUGUUGUGACCAGCAAGAAGGAAUCAUCGUUCUUUGUUGAGGUGAGGCCAACUUGACGGCAAGGAUAUCACAAUAUCGCUUCUUGUGUGACCUUGGCUUAAAUUGCAAUGCCGAAGAUGGUGAUCACGCACGCCAUGGUCUCAUUUUCCCAGCGAACAGUGCUGGCUCCAUCGGCUCUCGGGUCCCAAAAAGCGGCGGUUGUUGAAUGUAGCCGUGCCGAUGCUCGCUGUUGCAUACGCUCCACCAGUAAGCAGCUAACCUGUGGGGUAGUGAGUGCUCUGUGCUGGGUAAGAGACAAUCGAACGUGUACACUACAGUGCGCUAGGAAGAGUGUUCAUCUUGCUGUUGGUUACGCUCAUGUUCUCUCAACAUGUUUUUGAAGGCGCUGGAUCGACUGGAGUGGAAUCGAGAAGUGCCCCUGCGUAGCAAAAGGUGCGCUGUACCCAUGUGAUUGAGGAUAUUACAUGUGCAUGCAAAAUACCGUUUUGGGAGAAUUCUC